CCGAGAAGAGUUAAACAAAGAAUAUUGAUAAUUGUUUAUUGAUCCGUCGAUAAUUCUAUAUCUGUUGACCCUUAAAUGAAAAUAAAGAUUAAGUAUAUUGGUGUAUAUAAGAAUAAGUCAAUAUUACUGGUGUUUAAUAUCAAACGUCAUCAUGAAGUGCAUAAUUGUUGCUACCAUAUUGUGCGUCUUAGCUGCUGCAUACGCAGCUCCUACCAAAGAGCAAAUAGACGCUAUCAAAAAAGCUCAUGACCAUUGUCAAAGCCAGGAAGCAACUAGAAUUGACGAUGAUGUGUUCGAAAAACUUAAGCAUGGCGAGAAAGUACAGAACCCCAAAUUGGCCAAACAUACUCUAUGUAUGAACGUACAAACUGGACUUCAAACGGAAAGUGGUGACAUAAAUGUAGACAACCUUAGAAAAGCUGUAAGUAAAGCUAGUAGCGACCAAAGUGUUAUAAACGCAAUUGUAGAAAAAUGCGGUACAAAAAGUGGCGACACUGCUGAAGAUGCUGCUGUUAAUCUUUUCAAAUGCCUUAGAUCACACAGUGCAGGACAACAUGAGCAUGGACAUCAUUGAGAUUUAACUAUUUAU